CUGUCCGCGACUCUGCGGCUGUAGGGGCAGCUGUCACGCCUCCUCGGGAAGAUGUUCUACCACAUCUCCCUGGAGCACGAGAUCCUGCUGCACCCGCGCUACUUCGGCCCCAACCUUCUCAACACGGUGAAGCAGAAGCUCUUCACCGAGGUGGAGGGGACCUGCACCGGGAAGUACGGCUUUGUCAUUGCUGUCACCACCAUAGACAAUAUUGGUGCUGGGGUGAUCCAGCCUGGCCGAGGUUUUGUCCUCUACCCUGUUAAGUACAAGGCCAUUGUGUUCCGACCCUUUAAAGGGGAGGUCGUGGAUGCCAUCGUCACACAGGUCAACAAGGUAGGACUCUUCACAGAAAUUGGUCCCAUGUCGUGCUUCAUCUCUCGCCAUUCCAUCCCUUCGGAGAUGGAAUUUGUGCCCAACUCAAACCCGCCGUGCUACAAAACUGUGGACGAGGACAUUGUGAUUCAGCAGGAUGAUGAGAUCCGCUUAAAGAUUGUGGGCACCCGGGUGGACAAGAACGACAUUUUUGCUAUUGGCUCCCUGAUGGACGAUUACCUGGGACUCGUGAGCUGAGCACAGCACCUGCCUUUUCAGUCCUGAUGGAGGAAGCAGGACUGUCGUAUAUCCCGUGUUGUGGGGAAGCCCAGAUGCUCUGGGGGCAAACGCCAGAAGGUUCCAUGCGGUCCAGAAGACGUCUGGCUCUGCUUCGAGCGUAGCUGCCACUCUCCGACCUUUCUGACUCUGUGUUUUCAUAAAUGGUUCCGAGUUGUCA